GACCUUGUCCCGCCCCAAGAGAGAAGCGGGUUUGACUAGCUGAGGUCAAACGCGUAGUUCCCCAGUCCCAAAGAGCAGGGGCAGAAUGGACCGGCUCCUAACGCCCAGAGAAUCCGCCAAAUUCAUUGCAGAAAACAGUCGGGAUGUGUUCAUUGACAGCGGAGGCGUUCGAAGGGUGGCCGAGUUGCUGUUGUCCAAGACGUCGGGGCCUGAGCUAGGCGUGGAGGGGUGGAAGGCCCUUCAUGAGCUGAACCCCAGGGCGGCAGAUGAAGCAGCGGUCAACUGGGUGUUCUUGACAGACACGCUCAACUUCUCCUUUUGGUCGGAGCGGGACGACCGCAAAUGUGUGGUGGUGUACAAGGAAAGAAAGUACACUGGGUACUGGUCCCUGUGUGCCGCAGUCAACAGAGCCCUGGACGAAGGGAUACCAUUAACUAGUGCCUCGUACUAUGCCACAGUGACCCUGGAUCAGGUUCGCCAUAUAUUUCGUUCUGACACCGACGUUUCCAUGCCUUUGAUAGAAGAGAGGCAUCGGAUUCUCAAUGAAACCGGGAAAAUUCUGCUGGAGAAGUUUGGAGGCUCUUUUAUUAAUUGUGUGCGAAAAAGUGAAAAUAGUGCACAGAAGUUAAUGAACUUGAUUGUUGAAAGUUUUCCUUCUUACAGAGAUGUGACGCAGUUUGAGGGGGAAAGAGUUUCUUUUUACAAACGAGCCCAAAUCCUUGUAGCAGAUACGUGGAGUGUAUUAGAAGGAAAAGGAGACGGCUGCUUUACGGAUAUUUCCAGUAUCACCAUGUUUGCUGACUAUAGAUUACCUCAAGUUCUUGUUUACCUUGGAGCCCUGAAAUACUCUGAUGAACUACUGAAGAAGCUUCUUAAAGGAGAGAUGCUCUCAUACGGAGAUAAGCAAGAGGUAGAAAUCAGAGGGUGCUCUCUUUGGUGUGUUGAGCUUAUCCAGGAUUGUCUUAUGGAACUUAUUGAAAAAAAGGGUGAAAAACCGAAUGGAGAGAUCAAUUGCAUUCUUCUGGAUUAUUACUUAUGGGACUAUGCCCGUGACCAUAGGGAAGAUAUGAAAGGAAUUCCAUUUCAUCGUACACGUUGCAUAUAUUAUUGACCCCAAGGGUAAACUAAUCCAGAGAAAAUCCCCUGCGUGUUCAUAACAUAUAAUAAUUUGUACAGUUUUGCUUUGAUAUUCAGAGAAGGUGAUAGAAGUUAUAGGAAUGAAAAAAAUUGAUUAUCAAGUCUCACUUUAAAUUUUUUUUCCUGGCU